UGAGCAGUCGCCGACCAUGAAGACCACUUUCAAGUUCUCCAACCUUCUGGGGACGGUCUAUCGCAAAGGAAAUCUUCUUUUUACCUCCGAUGGCACUACGCUGCUGUCGCCAGUCGGCAAUCAGAUCUCCGUCUUUGAUCUAGUCCACAAUGCCUCCUAUACCCUCCCGUUUGCGCAUCGUACCAAUAUCGACCGUCUUGAUCUCACCCCGCAAGGCAGUCUUCUGCUCUCCGUUGACGAAAAUGGCCGCGCAAUCUUGACCAACUUCCGCCGCAGGACCGUCAUCCAUCACUUCUCCUUCAAAGGCCGAGUCUCCGCCCUCAAAUUCUCGCCAUCCGGCCGACAUUUCGCCGUCGCAGUCGGGCGACGAUUGCAGAUUUGGCAUACCCCGUCGGCGCCCGGUGCCGACAACAACGGCGAGAUUGAAUUUGCGCCGUUUGUUCUGCACCGUGAACUCACCAGUCAUUUCGAUGACAUUCAAAAUAUCGAGUGGUCCAGCGACUCGCGCUUCCUGUUGACGGCCUCCAAGGAUUUGACGGCCCGAGUAUGGAGUAUGGAUCCGGAGGUCGGGUUUGAGCCCACGACGCUAUCAGGCCAUCGCCAGGGCGUCAAGGCGGCAUACUUUACUGCGGACCAAGAAGCGAUCUACACGAUCAGUCAAGACGGGGCCCUUUUCCGAUGGGAAUACGUCUCCAAGAAGGACCCGGAUACGAUGGAGGAUAUUGCUGAACCCCGCUGGAGGAUUGUCAGGAAAGACUUCUUCAUGCAGAACGACGCCAGAGUGAACUGCUCCACCUUCCACGCGCCGACGAAUCUUCUGAUCGUCGGUUUCUCAAACGGAUUGUUCGGACUCUACGAUUUGCCGGAAUUCAACAUGAUCCAUCAGCUAAGUGUAUCCCAGAGCAACAUCGAUUACGUGACGGUCAACAAAUCGGGCGAAUGGCUUGCCUUUGGCUCCUCUAAGCACGGCCAAUUGCUGGUGUGGGAAUGGCAAUCGGAGUCUUACAUUUUGAAACAGCAGGGUCACCUGGACUCCAUGAACUCGCUUGUCUACUCUCCCGAUGGUCAGAAGAUCGUGACUGCCAGCGAUGAUGGCAAGGUCAAGGUCUGGGAUGUCAAAUCAGGAUUCUGUAUCGUGACGUUUACCGAGCACACUAGUGCCGUGAGUGCCUGUCAAUUCGCCAAGAAAGGAAGUGUACUGUUCACUGCGUCGCUGGAUGGCUCUGUGAGGGCGUGGGAUCUCAUCCGGUACCGUAACUUCCGAACCUUUACUGCACCGUCUCGACUGUCCUUUUCCUCGCUGGCUGUCGACCCCAGCGGCGAAGUGAUCUGCGCCGGCUCCCCCGAUUCGUUUGAUAUCCAUGUGUGGUCCGUACAGACAGGACAAUUGCUCGACCAGCUGUCGGGCCAUGAGGGGCCCGUGUCUGCCCUUGCAUUCGCCUCUGAUGGCAACCAUCUGGUUAGCGGUAGCUGGGAUCAUACUGUUCGACUGUGGAGCAUCUUCGGCAGGUCGCAGACUAGCGAGCCUUUGCAGCUCAUGUCUGACGUCCUGAGUGUGGCCUUCCGACCUGAUGGAAAGCAGGUAGCCGCCUCGACCCUCGACGGCCAGCUGACCUUCUGGUCGGUUGCGGAUGCCGUGCAAGAAGGAGGCGUUGAUGGACGCCGAGACGUAUCUGGAGGGCGCAAGAUGACUGACCGCCAGACGGCCGCCAACUCCGCCGGGAACAAGUCCUUCGGCUGCAUCACCUAUAGUGCGGAUGGCAGCUGUGUUUUGGCUGCAGGCAACAGCAAGUACAUCUGUCUGUACGAUGUGACUACAGGAUCGAUGGUGAAGAAAUACACCGUCUCCGUCAACACCUCGCUGGAUGGCACCCAGGAGAUCCUCAACAGCCGCGACCUGACCGAAGCUGGCGCUCGCGGCCUCAUCGACGAAACUGGCGAAGCGUCGGACCACGAGACUCGCGUUGAUCGCAGCCUGCCCGGCGCCAAACGUGGUGAUGCCGGCUCUCGAACCACCCGGCCCGAAGUUCGUGUCACCUCGGUCGAUUUCUCUCCCGCCGGACGCGCGUUUUGUGCCGCUUCCACCGAAGGACUUCUCAUUUAUAGCUUGGACACAGAAGUCGUCUUCGACCCGUUCGACCUCGACAUCGACAUCACCCCGUCUAACAUCCUCGCCACACUGGAAGAAGCCAAGAAGGCCCGCGCGGCGGGAACGACGGACGAUGACAAUACUUUCUUGAAGGCGUUGAUUAUGGCUUUCCGGCUGAACGAAGCCAAGCUCAUCCGCGCAGUGCACGAAGGAAUUCCUCCCGCCGACGUUGCCCUGGUCGUCCGCGCCAUUCCCACGGUCUAUCUCCCACGCCUUCUUCGGUUUGUAGCCCACGCUGCCGAGGAGACCCCUCACCUGGAAUUCAACUUGCUGUGGAUCGAAUCUCUUUUGGGUAGCCACGGACGCUACUUCAAGGACAACUCGGGCACCUUCGCAACGGAAUUCCGUGCGGUGCAGCGGGCCCUCGACGACAUUCGGGAGAACUUGAAGCGAUUGGCGGAGAAGAACGUCUAUGACCUUAACUAUCUCCUUUCGACGCCGGCGCUUGCGAACAAGAAGCAAAAGACGGCGGCAGACAUGAUGGCCCUCGAGGACGACGAAGUCGUCACCUCAGCUGCCGAGGACCCGACGGCAGAGGAUGGGGAAGCCGAAUGGAUUGGGCUGGAAUGAUUGACUGGACUGCAGGUCUGGCUUGUACUUAUAUCCCUCAUGUUUGAUCUCUUCCCAGUCACUGGCACCGUUGCAUUUGCGUUUGGCGUUUAUUUGUGGAAUGAUAUACCUGGAAAGAUAAAAGGAGGCAGCCCAAAAGUCUGUUUUGUUUACUUUUUGUGAUAGAGAAGCACACCGCAUCACUUUUUCUAUAUUCUUU